GGAAAAGGGGAAGUGAAAGACUCCAAGGAAAACACACAUAGACAAAACUGAAUAGCUGAAGGGUUUCUGCAUGCAAUGAUCUGACUUACCGGGACUGGCACUUCCUCUGCUAAAGGAGAAAAAGCAAGCUACCUACUUAGCAUCUGUGAGAAAAACAGUUAAAUAAAGUGAAAAGGUUUCCAUGGUCAUCAUGAUCCAGCACCAUUUUGAACAGUUUAAGAAUAAGAAGAAAAGAAAAAUAUAGCUUCAAGCGAGCGCAUCGGCUCCGAGCCAACUCAACAUCAACGACACCUUUGGGACCGUCUACACCAGACCCAACCAAUGUUGAUGUCUUCAGGUGCCAUCUUUUGUCUCUGGGCUGAUUCUCCUCUGCCACUACCUCGUUGUGACCUACUCUGCACCCACCAAUUCAAAGUCACAUCUCUUGCCACUGGGCCCAUCUCGUUGAUGUUGCCACGAUGCCCUUCCACCACUGCUGGAUCCAACCGAACUGGAAGUUACCAUCUUUCGUCACUAGGCCUACCUCACCAGCGUCGCCUCCGUUGCUGUAGCAGCCACAGAUUCCAGAUGCUGGGUCCAGUGCUCACCCCAGAAAAAACUGUCUCCACACUGACCGGGUCACUCAAUGCCAGCAACGAGCUGUACAGCGAUGGAGCUGAAGGUUUGGGUGGAUGGAGUGCAGCGUGUAGUGUGUGGGGUCACUGAGGAGACGACCUGUCAAGAAGUGGUGAUUGCACUAGCACAGGCCAUUGGUCAGACUGGCCGCUAUGUGUUGAUUCAGAAAUUGCGUGACAGUGAGCGCCAGCUGCUGGCCAACGAGAGCCCUCUCCAACUGCUGGCCAAAUGUGGGCAGUACGCCAACGAUGUCUGCUUCUUGUUACGCCGCACCGGCUCCACUCAGUCCGACAGACCCACCUCAGGCAAUGGUGCUCAGACUCCAGAACCUCCUUUCAGCAGGACUGUCCCCGCCCCUGCUAAUCCUGAGCCCCCAAAGCGGCAUGUGCCGAAGAAAUCCCUGACGUUUACUGGGGGGGCGCUGGGCGCUCCCGAUCUCACCGUCCAGAACAAAUGGCGGGGCAAGAAGCUGAGCGGGGCAGAGGCCCGGGACACUGCUUCCAAAGCUCCGAGCAAGGAAGAUCUCUUCAAACUGAUCCUGAUUCAGCAGGAGCAGCUCAACUCCGUCUCGGCCCAGCACGAGUCCUUCGACAGCCAGAUUAAAUCCUGGGAGCAGCCCGGCAUUCCCGACUUCGAGACGCAGCUGGUGCAGCUGGAGCAAGUGAUCAGGAGGAACGAGAAGGAGAUGGAGGAGGAGCAGUUCUGGGAGAGGGAGCUGCAGCUGGAGAAGGAGCGGGAGAGGGAGCUGCAGAGACACUUGAGCAAACUGAAGCAGAGCCUCCGCGACAGCAUGCAGAGGCUGCACGAGAUUAGCAGCAGGACUGAACUCUUGGACAGAGAGAUCCUGCGGGAGGAGUCGGAUCGGGCGAGGAGCCUGGCAGCGGCUCACAGAGCGACUCACGCCAACACUAGGGAGGCCAUUGACCGAGUAAGGGCCGAGAUUGAAGCAAAAACACAGCAGAACCAGCAAAUACAGACGUCUCUCGGUGAAGUAGCGAGAACUUUAGAGGAAGCGGACAGGAGAUUGCAGGCCAAGACACAAGAGCUGGAGGAGUUAAAUAAAGAGCUGAGACAGUGCAACCUACAACAAUUUAUCCAGCAGACUGGGAGUGGGGGUGCACAGAGCAGAACUGAAGAGGAGUCGACCACAGACGAACGAAGCCAGCAACAGCCGCCCACUCACUGGAAUGGAGACAUUCACAUUUCAGAAACCGACUUCCCACCACGACAGACAGCGAAACAGUUCCUGGGGAAUCCACGAAACCUCCAGAACCCUCUGGUGUCGAGCUUAAAUCCAGAAGAAUUUCAUCAUUGGAUAGUAGGUAGCUGACAAAAGAGCAGGAGCCUGUAUGAAGCUGUAAACUGAAUUCAGGGUGAUAUUGUUAUAAGGUCAUCUCUGCCCAAUCUGGGCUGUACAUUGAGAAAUAUAAUCUAUGUUAGGUUGGCUGUUAACAGUCAUACAUUACAUAAAGGAACCUGACCUUCUGCUAUGUUUUAAAAUUAUUAUUUUAAGUAUAUAUUCAAAAUAAAGCAGAACUGGAAACCAAAA